GUCGAUUGAUUGCCGUUCGUUCGAUUGCGAGGUAGUACCACUAGCUAGUUACGUGGUUGCCAAUUGAAGGUUUGGAACUUGUGUUUUUUUUUGGAGGAUUAUCCUUUGAUACUAGCAUCUCAGGCGAGCUGUUCUUUUUUUUUCUUUUUUUUUGAGAGAGAGCGAGCUGUUCUAGUUUUUGGGGAGGAUUGUCGUUUCAUACUAGCAUGUCACGCCAGCUGUUUUAAUUUGGGGCUACGCUGUGUAGGUAACUGUGCUAAGGCUAAUCCCAGUGCAAAAUUUCAAUACACGAUUACCAAGAGUGACAUAUCAUCAAAAGACUUUUGAAACUAUAGAUGAAAUGGGCCUUCCCAAUGCAUAGUUUCAUUUCACGAUUUCAGGCGAGCCAUUGCAUUCAAUUUCUAUGAACGUGAUUGGGUGAAAUCAGAUAAGAUGAAAUUCUCUAGCCCCCAAUGCUAGUUUCAUCAAGUUUCAUAGUCUUGGUAGCAUUGUAACCCAAGUUUCAUCUAGAUGAAACUCAUUUCUUCUCUCUCUUCAUAAAUUUCUUGCCAUAUCAUCAUUUUUGCUUAUGUGGCACCUCAUUUAACGUGCAUGAAACCUCUAUGAAACUUUGCACUGGGAUUAGCCUAAGCAUUUACCUUUCCUCUCGGUGAUCCCUUUUGUUGAAAUUAAUCUAACCAAUUAUGCGUUUAUCUGCCCAUUACUUAUUACUGUCAUGCACCAUAAUUCCUAUCUCGCAAGUUUUAUGGUGAGUAAAUGUGUUACUCUCUAUCUAAAAAGGAAAGUGUUACUGUUGUGCACUGGUGUGGUGGAGCUUGAACAUGAUUUAGUUCUUGCACUAGUAGGUGACCAGCUUCUGUUCAUAGCUUAGGAGGCCGCCGCCGGUCUCACCUGCCUUGCGGGACUGAAGCAUGCGUGGCAUUUGGAAGAUUAAUCGGAUCCGUUCGGUUGUCAUGAGUAAUGAGUUGAAAAAAUUCUGAUAACAGCACCUUUUUGCGUUAAGUCAUGCACGAUUUGGGAUUUGGCACAUUUGGGUGACCAUGCCAUAUGCUGUUGUUUGUUUACAGUAUUAUUAUUAGUAUUUCACGGUUCACGCUUGCAAGUGAAAUUGGUCCUUUCCUAGUUAUAUUUGGCUCUCUUGUUAUGCUUACACAGGCUCCAAGUGCUGCAUUUUUUUUCAUCAUAAUGCAUCUUUAAAAAAAAAGAUUAUGGCAUAAAAAACAUUAUCCCAGAAGCUACAUUUCUUCACCAUGCACCUUACACUAUAAUUUUCUAUGGCAUUCAGGAUUGCUAAACCCAUAUCAGUCUUUCAACAGAUGGCGAGCGCCUUGACAGGGGUGAUGACAUCUGUCAUCAGCAAGCUUACAGUGCUGCUUGGACAGGAGUACACAAAGCUGACAGGUGUCCACAGAGAGGUGAACUUUAUGAAGGAUGAGCUGAGCAGCAUAAACGCCCUCCUUCAGAGGCUAGCAGAGGUGGACAGUGACCUUGAUGUGCAGACAAAGGAGUGGAGGCGGCAAGUGCAGGAGAUGUCUUAUGACAUAGAGGAUUGUAUCGACGACUUUAUGCAUCGCAUUGGCCACAAUGGCAUGGCUGAUUCUGCAGGGCUAGUCAGUAAGGUGGUUCAACAGCUUAAGUCACUGAGAGCGCGCCAUCAAAUCGCCAGCCGAAUCCAGGAUCUCAAGGCACGUGUUGAAGAUGCUAGCAAGCGCCGCAUGAGGUACAAGCUUGAUGAGUGUGCCUUCCAAUCUAGGACCACGACUUCCAUCGAUCCUCGUUUGCCUUCACUCUAUGCUGAGCCGGAAGGGCUUGUCGGUAUUGACAAGCCGAGGGAUGAUCUUGUAAGGCUGCUAAUGCAGGGGGAGGAAGCAUCAGUGCAGAAACUGAAGGUGAUAUCUGUUGUGGGGCCUGGGGGUCUUGGUAAAACCACACUCGCAAAUGAGGUUUACCAUAAACUGGAAGGCCAGUUCCAGUGUCGAGCUUUUGUUUCUCUGUCACAGCAACCUGAUGUAAAGAAGAUAUUGAGAAACAUACUCUAUCAAGUCAGCCAGAUGGAGUAUGAUAACAUGAAAAUAUGGGAUGAGGAGAAAUUCAUUAAUGCAAUCCGAGAUUUCCUACGGAGAAAAAGGUACUUAAUUGUUAUUGAUGAUAUAUGGAGUACUCAAGCUUGGAAGGCUAUUAAAUGUGCUUUGUAUGAGAACAAUUGUGGAAGCAGAAUUAUGACGACAACCCGCAUUGUUUCUAUAGCCAAGUCAUGUUGCUUUCCCCACCAUGACCAUGUCUAUGAAAUAAUGCCUCUCAGUGCACAUAACUCUAAAAGUCUACUUGCCAAGCGCAUCUUUGGCUCAGAAGAUACAUGCCCUCCUCAAUUGGAAGAAAUUUCCAUCAAAAUUUUGGGAAAAUGUAAGGGUGUGCCAUUGGCCAUUGUUACAAUAGCUAGCGUAUUAGCUAAUAAAGCCAGCACGAAAGAAGAAUGGGACAGCGUGCAUAACUCAAUUGGUUCAACACUGGAAAAGGAUCCUGAUGUGGAAGAAAUGAGAAAGAUAUUAUCCCUUAGCUACGAUGAGCUCCCCCAUCAUUUGAAGACAUGUUUAUUAUAUCUAAGUAUAUUUCCAGAAGAUUAUGAGAUUGACAUGGAUCAGGUUGUGGGAAGGUGGAUCGCUGAAGGAUUCAUUAAUACAGGUGGUGGACAAGAUUUGGAGGAAAUUGGAAAGUGCCAUUUUAAUGAUCUUAUUAACAGAAGCAUGAUUCUGCCAGUAAAGAUUAAAUAUGAUGGUCAAGUUGUUUCAUGCCGGGUCCAUGAUAUGAUUCUUGAUCUCCUUAUAUCCAAGUCAAUUGAAGAAAACUUUGCCACUUUUAUUGGUGGAAAAAAUCAGAAACUAGUGCUUCAAGGUAAGGCCCGCCGUCUGUCUCUCAACUAUUAUUUCUAUGAGGACGCCUUGGUUCCGUCAACAACGAUCAUUUCCCAAUGCCGAUCACUCAGUAUGUUCGGGUAUUCUGAACAGAUGCCUUCUCUUUCAAAAUUUCGAGCUCUUCGUGUACUUGGUAUAGAAAAUGGUGAGGAGAUGGAACAGAAGUAUUUUGAGCAAAUAGGGGCGCUUCAUCAGUUGAAAUACUUGCGGCUCAAUCUAAGAAGCAUCACUUCACUACCUGAACAGCUAGGAGAACUACAACAUUUGCGGACAUUGGACCUUGGAGAGACUAAGAUUAAAAAAUUGCCUAAAAGUAUUGUUCAACUGCAAAAUUUAACAUGCUUGCGCAUCAAUAAUCUGGAAUUACCUGAAGAAAUUGGGAAUUUGCAUGCUCUGCAGGAGCUAUCGGUUAUCAAAAUCAACCAAAAUAGCUUAGCCUCUUCUUUGCUGGGGCUUGGAAGUCUAAUUAAUCUAAGGAUCCUUGGGCUAUGCUGGUGCAUUGUCAACACACACCCUGAUAGCAAAGCUUUUGUUGACAACUUGCUCUCAUCACUCCGCAAACUUGUCAGAGUCAACCUUCGCUGUCUGUACAUUCAGAGUUAUUAUGGCUAUUCCAUAGAAUUUUUGUUGGAUUCUUGGUUCCCCAUCCCUCAUCUCCUCCAAACGUUUGCCAUGGGCAUGGAGUACUACUUUCCCAGGAUUCCAUUUUGGAUUGCAUCACUUGAUAACCUCACCUACCUAGACAUCAAUAUUGAUCCACUAGGACAAAAGGCACUGGAUGUUCUAGGAAAUUUGCCUUCUUUGCUGUAUCUCAGGGUGACAUCAAAAGCAACAGCCUGCAAGGAAAAGCUCAUCAUAAGCACCAGCAUGUUCUUAUGCCUGAAGGAGUUCCACUUCACCUGCUGGAGCAGUGGGGUUCAUCUGAUGUUUGAAGCAGGGGCCAUGAUGAAGCUUGAGAAGCUGAGGAUUCCAUAUGCAAGUGCUGAUCUUUAUUUCGGGUUCCAGCACCUCUCUUCCCUUAAGCAUCUUGUAGCUGAGAUCAAUUGCAGUGGCAUGACGGCUCAGGAAGUGCAGGCAUUGGAGGAAUCUAUCAGAAGUGCCAUUGAUCUUCCAAACCGUCCCACCCUUGAAGUUCAAACAUGGUAAACUAUACAGCUGAACACAAGCUUGAUUAGUAUUCUCAUCAUAUAUACAAUGGGUUCUGUUUUAUGAAGGCCUACAUCAGAGAUUUGACAUUCUAGGUCAAGGUUCUUUCCGUAGAUCACAAUCAAUAAGAAAAAUAUCACAAUACCAAUUGGGGAACAAUGAAUAAGCCAAAACAAUUUGGAGAUCUGUGAAUGAAGAUGAGAGUAUGUGCAUCAAGUUACUCGCAAUGAAAUACGUUGAUGGAGUUGGCUUCUUUCAGUUUGAAUACUAGGAAUCAUCACAACUAUUGCAGUGGCAGGGAGAACAAUGUGGAUUGGUACCAGAUGAAUAGAACAUUAGAACUUGCCAGGUGAUUAGUGGGAGAGAGCAUAGGGUUUGGCAUGAUGCCUGGAGAGUUGAUUGCCCCUUGAAAAUUGAUAUCCAGAUUUAUUUUUGCUGAAUGCUAGUUGGAGUUAGUGUUUGUGCAGAAGUUAUAGCCAUGGCUUUACUUCUAGGUGCAUAAGCAUUGCUGCGCAGACUGUUGCAAGAACUAGAAUGCAAGCUGGCCGCUGCAGCAAGUUACAGUGCUUUCAAAAUCAGGACCAGAUGCCUUUGAUCUAAAAGGAGUGGGAUGAAGAAAAGCUCGCAAAGGAGGAAAGCUGGGCUGAAGAGACACACGCAAACGGCCGAAAUUCAUGUGUACGCAAACAUUCCGUUUGGUGGUUGUCUAAGUUCUUUUUUUAUUUCUCUUUGGAUUCAUAGCUUUCAAUUUUCUUUUCUUACAUAUAUUGGUUACAAUACAAAGCUGAACUAUGUCUGGUCAGUGUUGUCCAGCAGGGGAAUUAUGCAUUGCCCAUCUGUGCCACGUGGGAUUGCCCCCAAUUUUCUGACAAAGUUCACUAAUCUUUCUCUAAAAAACAUAAAACCGUUAGGAGGGUUGCCAAAUUUAUAUUAAUAUAGAAGAAGUUCAGAAA